AUACCAGGGCUGGCAGGGAUUCCAAGGGUGCCAGUCGGGACAGCGUAAAUGGAGCAGUAGUAGGCAUAGGACUGCCAGGCCCUGACUGGACUGACUUAAGCUGGGAGAGGAUCCUGACUGGAGUGUAGUGCACAGUGUCUGGGGAGUAACCAGGUUCUGUUUUGGUACUACUCUUACUGGUGUAACAGAGCGUAAGGACUGGUGUAUCAGGACUGGCCACUGUAUGUAUGUACCUAUGUACCUGUGUGGCGGUAUUUAUAUCCUUGAUACACAUAUGUGUGUGUAGAUUUCUCACACUGCUCCAAGUUCAUACUUAUAAGUAAGCAGAGGUAUUGUCUCAUUAACGGUGUAACCUCUAUACCUGAGCAUCUCACCUGUCUGGUCUUAAAUCCUUACCAGACAGCGCAAUGACUUGAGAGACACAUGUCUAAACAAACAGCAACAACGACAGUUUGACAACAAAAACGGCGACGAUUUAGUAGUUAGGUUGGCGUGCCUGUGUGUGGAUCUAUACACUCCACUAAACAGUGAAUCAAACGGACCGAAUGAGAGGAGGAGGAGUAAGGUCAGGUGAGGACUCCUGGGAUCACAGCGGCCCUUCUCAGGUUAGAGGUCUGUCCCUACAGGUAGGGUACAACAAGUAAACACAAACUUGUGUCAGCUAUACUACUGUGAAUACCGUCUGUACUACCUAUACAUGCAGUCAACCUAAAUUUUCACUGACUAAUAAUAGUGACACUAAAAAAUCAUAUACUUCAAGUGUAAUUUACCUGUGUAUAUUAGUGAUAUUUACCUGUAGAAUAUUUUUCUCGGAAACACUACAGCGGUUCAGUUGGAGAAGAAACAAACAGUAAAAAGUACAUGUGGACUUAAUUUAGCUUUCAAGUCAGUCAGCUUACGGAAGACACUAGGUGAUUCGACUCGAGAAGAGGGGACAUUCGCGUAGGUAGUGACACCAUCGUGUGUGUGUAAAUGGGCUUUCCUGCAUUACUACCAGAACAGUUUUAUUGUCACGUCGACCAGCUUGUGUAGCCGAGUUAUAAUUAGGAGUUACGUUGUAAAAUUUCAUUAAGUCGUGUAGUAAGAGGAUUCUCAGGCUCCAGGCUCGCAAAGGAAAAUUAAGCGAGUACAUCAGACUUCAGACGGGGUUUGUAAAAAUAUCACAAAUACAAUAGUGUAUUGCAAAAAUAUUGACCUAAAAUGUUGUUAUUGGGUAAUUUACUGUGUGUUUUCUAGUAGAAUAAUAAUACUAAUGUCCUUUCCUUGUAUAAGGUAUAUAAUCACCCUGUGGAGAUUCUUGAUGAUAACCAAUUAACAGAUAGUAUCACAGUCGAACAUUUCUGGGAUUAAAUCGUGUAAGGUUUUACAAACUGUAAAUAGAUUGUCAGUUUGGUUUGGACUAAGGACGAGCGUGCCUACAGUGUUGUAUAGAAGUGAAUCCCAUGGCAGCACACUGAGAGAGUAGUAUUGGAGUGUACCCUACCACAAACCACGACCACGUGAGGGCCUGAAUAAAUACAUCUCUCCUCCCUCUGUCCCCACUCUCCCAGCAUCUUGGGUUGCGGAAAGGAAACUCCACCAAUACGGAGAGUUUGGACCAGAUUCCAGUGGAAUAGUUCAAUAUCAUCAUUGGACCGGGAAAUUGUACACAGUGUUACCCAUCCACGCCCAUAGUACAACAACACUCCAACAGAUACUCAUUCAUGUGACCGCUGUGUUGGAACAGAAAGUUUACCGAAGGAAUUGAGCAUCAUCAGUGUAAUGUGUUAACACCAUUGUUUUGAGGAGUUUUUCUUCCUUAACACCAAAACAUAUAUCUAGGAGUUCAUCAUAUUAUGUGUGCUAAGAUGCAGGAGCCAAAUUACUACUUCUGUCAAAGUUCAACACUGCAGACUACUACCCAGGGGAAGGAGCGCCACCCCUUUAUGGCUACUGCCAUCCCGGGGCCCGGGCCAGCGGGGCAGGGCCUGGGCGGAGUUCCCUCAUACAUGGACUAUGAGUGUUACGAUUACAAACCUUCGUCAGACUCAGAGUAUUACGGGGCAGUCGGAGGGGAUCAAAACAAACGGGAACAGAAACGAAGGCCGAAACCUAAGGAUGGCUCACAGCUUGUCUGUGGAGUGUGUGGGGACAAAGCUCUCGGCUACAACUUUGACGCCAUUACGUGUGAAUCGUGUAAGGCUUUCUUUAGGAGGAAUGCACUUAAAUCAAAGAUGUUUGCUGGGAUGGGAACAGGUAGCAGUGCGACCCUUAACUCUAAUGUGUUUACCUGUAGUUUUGAUGGCAACUGUAAGUUAGAUACCCACACAAGAAAGUUCUGCUCAGGAUGUCGGCUGAAGAAAUGUUUUGAUAUAGGCAUGAAGAAAGACUGGAUCUUGAGUGAAGAUCAGCUUGCUAAACGACGACAAAAGCCAAAAGGACCUGGACCUGCAGAAGUGAGGACAAAACAGCGAAAAACCUCCCUGGACGAAUAUCAAAACCCAACCUCAAACAUGGAAGUGACCUCUAAUUAUAUGAUGGAGGAUCAGUCGUCGAACAAGAGCAGUGAGGGUUCCUCCUCACCCUUCAAAUGUGAGAUGGAGGAGGAUAACAUGCCCAUUCCCCUGGAUGAGGAGAUCCAAAAGGAGAUUGAGAACUUGGAGUAUCAGUACAAAUUAGUAUUCGAUACACCGUACUCUGACGACCAGAUAGACAAACUCACCAGCAGUCCUAAAUCACCCAAUGACCUCUUCAAUAUGACAGACUUAUUUGUGCGCAGGUUAAUUCGUUUUGCUAAACAUAUUCCAGAAUUCAAAACCUUAGCACAAGAAGACCAAAUUCAUUUACUCAAAGGUGGAAUUAUGGAAAUUAUGGUUCUUCGUUCAGCUAUGGGAUUUGAUAGCUCACAGAUGGGCUGGAAGGUCAAAGGUCAGAGCAUUGGAGAAAAAACAAUAGGACCUCAGAUGAUCCAGAAUACUUUGGGUAACGGCAUGUACAUAGAACACAUAAAGUUUGUCAUGUCACUCAAUCAACUGACACAUGCCAACAGAACCAUCAUGACCUUGCUCUUUGUUAUUGAACUAUUUUCCUCCGAUCGGCCAAACGUAAAGAACAAGGAGUUAGUCUCUCAGGGCCAGGAGAAGUUCUCCACUUGGCUCAAAGCUUAUCUUGAGUCUUUACAUCCACUCACUGAAGCUCGGUCGCUCUAUCCAAAGUUGCUGAUGAAACUCCUGGAUGUACGAAGUUUAGGUGAAUCAAGUGCACAAAUGGCGGCGCAUUUGGAUAUCACGCGACUUGAGCCAUUGUUAGUUGAGGUUUUCAGUUUACAGAAAUGACCAUGUUGACUCUGAUGUUCAUGAUUAUACACUAACAUUGCAGGGACUUAAACCAUACCAAUCAUUAUUGUACAUGUCUCACCGAGUGUGUGUGCCCCGAAACUGGACGCCCAAUGUACCGGCCACUCGACCCCAUCAACUGGACUUGGAAGGUCCUUAAAGCUACAAGUACAAUGGACUAGUCAGUUAUUCCCAUUUACUGACUCUCCAGCUACAUUGUGCUAUUCAGUGUACCGUAGUGCUACCUAGGUGAAAGCUCAGUGGGAUGGAGAGUUCGCUAUAGUAGUCUGUUCACCAGUCAGGAGCCCUCCCUGUAUGUCCACCGCACAUGUAUCCCGCGCUCACAAAACCUUACUCUCACCCAACAUGUUCCAACUUAAAUCAAACGGCAGCUUUAUUUUGUGAUUUUACAGUAGGAUCUUACACAGUAAUGGAGCUGGAUGUUUGCGGUGUAAUUACCUAGUUAUCUCCCCUUGUGGGAUAGAUGGCAGGUGUCAAAUGUCAGUGUAGCUUAACAUCAUUUUCCAAGGUCAAGGUGAUUCUAAGGUCACUGUACUGCCAUCAGCCUAGACCAGUAGUACUGUCACUCAGCAAUGCUUCAGUGAACUGUUUUACUUAUAUAAUUCCUGGACAUAUCAUUUGACCAUUUCUAUGAAUAACCUUGACAUUGACUUUGGAGAGUUACUGGAUUCUUGCUGGUAAACUGUAUACUAUUUUGGGUGACUUCCGUUGGACCAAGGAGGAUAAAGGAAAGUGUAAAACUUAGGACAGACAAUUGCUUACUUCAGUCUUAUGUGAUAUAUAAAUCUUAUUGUCAUGUGACUGAUCUGGCCGUGUGCUGAUCAGGUGACAAACAUGUGAUUACGACAGAAACACAGACACUGGAUUGGACCUGAAGGAUUCUUUAUCAGAAGGAGAUGGAAGUGUCUACCUCUACACAAAUAUACAGCUAUUUAUUGUGUAAGACAAAAUCAGUCUUAUUUUCUUCAAGUGACAGAGUCUUUCUUGUAGAAGCAUGAAAUGUGAUGUCACAAAGUUAUAUUAUGGAAUGAACGAAGAAUGAAUGAAUGAACUUAAGGUGAGACAGUGUUGUCGAAUGGUCAAGUAGUCUGGUCAUAUGGUUAGUCACCUGACCAGUAGUGAUAUGAGAAUGGCAAGGUGAUCAGUUUAUAUAUUUACAGGGUCCACUGUGAUGAGUAAUCUCCCUUAGUAUGACAACGAAACUUUAUUUGUGGAGGAAAAGGACCAGGGCUGGCUGACCGCUCUAAUUAAACUUUUUGGUUGUGGAAGUAUUUGACCGGGACUGGCUGACCGCUCCACACCUCCACUCUUGUAGUCAACCUAUUUGUGCUGCUGUGCUUGUGUUUGGUGUGCAUGUUGCUGUUACUCUGACCCAGGUGACAUUGUAAGACCAGUAACGGGACAUCAUGUGGCUGACCAUAGUGAUGACCUUACAGUGACACUGAAUGGCUGAAUCUGCAUAAAAUUGAAAUGUUUAUGGAGUAAAGUUGGUGAAGUAGGAGUCAGAGGCAUAGUUUUAUCAUACUUCUUUACCAUCUCAGACGUUUGUGAUGAUAGUCACAUGUCAGUCACAUGAUAGUCACAUGAUUGUUGUGUUUAGUCUCAACUCUAAAUUCAUCAAUGUCAUAUAGUUUUAAUUACUGCACGUACUUAAAGAUUUUGUUUAAUUACGAACUACAUGUAUAUUAAUGAGGCAACAGCUUGAUUUUAAAGUAUACUGCUCUGAUUUCUAAAGCAGGUUUGACAAUCUAACAAUUCACUCAAAUUAAUUUCGUUUUGCUGACACUUCAUUGUAAAAUUAAUAUCUGUUUGUCAUUAGUCAAUUUGUUUAUAUAAAGAAAUGUUCUUUUCAUAAUUUGUCAGGCAAGCAAUUUUCAUUAUUUUUGUCAGUGUAAUCAGAAGUAUAAAAAGUGAACUAUCAUUUUGACAGUGUAAAAUGUUAUUAAACCAUUGAAGUCACAUGUGAAAAUAAAUGAAGUUGAAGCCAU